GCUGCGUCUUCCGUUCGCGAAACAAAAGCAAUCAUCCCAAUAGGGCUUUUCACUGCAAUCUCAAAACCUAGCGAAUUUUAGGGUUUUCGACGCGAAAUGUUCACCCGAACGCGGCGUUUCCCUCCUCCUCCUUCUUCUUCUUCUUCUUCAUCUGAGAAGCGUUCCUCCACCGUUUCGGAAAAGGUGACCAAGAAGGUCGAUGCUGUGAAGAGUCAAUUCACGAAGAAGCAGAAGCGCCCCGCUCUAACUGAUGUCAGCAAUAGUAGAAAUCCAUCCACUCUUGCUGCGAGGACAUUUGGUUGUGUUCCGCCCAAGCCUCUGGUUCCAUGCAUGUCCAAAACUGCCAAGACAAAAAAGGAUUCCAUUGUUACUUCGCAGAAAAAAGUUAUUUCUGGGAACACUAGGCAAGCCUCACUGAGUUCAAAAUCAACUGUAUUGGCGUUUUCCAAAGAUGCAUGUUCAACUGGAACUAAGCAACCUAAGACUGGAGUUAAAGCCUUCGUUGCUCCAAGCACUGGUGAUGUGGUUUAUCCUAAUUUUGAUAGUGGGAUCUCUGCUCCGGGGCUGGUGGGUAGUUCUCAAAGUAAAUGCUUAAGCAAUUCAGUUUCACUGGAUGAGAGCAUGUCAACAAGUGAUUCUUUGAUGAGUUUGGAAUUUGAAUAUGCUGACAAUGGUGAUGUUGUAUCGACCAAAUCAAUUGAGAAUAGGGCAUGUGGAAUUCUCAGUAUUUCAGACUCUUCGAAAAUAGCAGGGAGAAUACAUGGCAGUGAUGCCAUCAUGAAGAGAGAAGCAAAUGAAGUUGUGGAUAUUGACUACAAUAUCAAUGAUCCACAAUUCUGUGCAUCCUUUGCCCAUGAAAUCUAUGAAAAUUUGCGUGUAACUGAGGAAACCAGAAGGCCGUCUAUGGACUUUAUGGAGAAGAUACAGAAAGAACUCAAUGCUACCAUGCGGGCAAUACUUAUUGAUUGGCUUGUGGAGGUUACUGAAGAGUAUAGGCUUCUACCUGAUACACUAUUUUUGGCAGUUAACUACAUUGAUCGAUAUCUUUCGGGCAAGGCAAUAAUUCAGCAGCGAUUACAACUACUUGGUGUUGCCUGCAUGAUGAUUGCUGCCAAAUACGAGGAGAUUUGUGCCCCUAAGGCGGAAGAUUUCUGUUACGUGACUGAUAAUACAUACUCUAAGGAGCAGAUAUUGGAAAUGGAAUCUUCUGUUCUGUAUUUCUUGAAAUUUGAAAUGACAGCUCCUACAGCUAGAUGUUUUUUGAGGCGAUUCAUUAGAGUUGCCCAACAAACCUGUGAGGUUCCACUGAUGCGGUUGGAGUAUUUGGCAGACUAUCUCGCAGAGUUAUCUCUUCUAGAGUAUGGCAUGCUAAAGUACAAACCAUCAGUAAUAGCUGCAUCAGCCACUUUCUUGGCUAAAUACAUACUUCUUCCUAGGAAGAAACCUUGGAAUUCUAUGCUGAGGCAUUACACAGGUUACCAAGCAUCAGAAUUGCGUGAAUGUGUCAAGCAAUUGCAUUGGUUGUUCUGCAAUGGCUGUCUUAACUUAACUGCCAUCAGGACAAAAUACAGUCAACAUAAGUUCAAGUUUGUAGCAAAGAAGUAUUGCCCUCCAUCAAUACCUGUAGAAAUAUUUCACAACUAAGCCCGCAUGGAUCAGGAUCCUCUUAAUUGUAAAAAAACUUGGACCAUGUCAAGUUUUAUCAUCAACAGUGUUAGAC